AAUUCAUGAAUCAAUCCCGCGAGAAAAAAAAUGCGCGUCCCGAAUUACCACGCGUAUAUAUGCGCUCGGCACUCCGGUGCUUCACUGUGAAUGAAAAAGAGGGCAAAUAUGAUAAUCAGCGGCGAACAAUAACAGUCGGAACUAGGGGAAGGUGAACCGUCCCGAUGCGCCGGUAACUACCAACUAGGGUUCCUUCGGAGUUGAUAUCGGCUGCCGGUAAGAGCCUUCCGACUGCUCGAUUCUCGAAUCGCCGUGUUCGUCGUUCCCCCUUCAGGGAGUGAGGGUUCCUUCGGAGUUCCGAUUCGGUAGUCGAGGAUGGCUGAAGUUGAUGAUCCGAGCAGGAUUGAAUUUCAGUGGUUAAAAAAGCGAGGGUUGGGUGGAAAGAAUCACAACAUCCAGUUUUAUGAGUCCUUCAUCUAUGAUGGCGAGAAGUAUACACUCUAUGACUCGGUGUAUAUGCACCGAGACAAUGUCGACGAGCCUGAUAUCGGGAAGCUCGUGAGACUCUGGGAGGAUCCUCAAGGACAUAAAAAAUGCAGGAUCUUAUGGUACUUUCGCCCUUGGGAAAUUACAUAUUACUUGCGAGGGGAAACCUUUCCGAAGAAUGAACUGCUUUUGGCAGCCGGGGAAGGAGUAGGGCUUUAUAAUGUGAAUCCCUUGGAAGCCAUUGCGGGCAAAUGCAAAGUCGUAUGCACAUCAAGAGAUUCUAGGAAUCCUCAACCAUCAAAGGAAGAGAUCAUCGGUGCGGACUUUAUCUUUAACCGUGCCUUUGAUGUAGGAAGUAGCAAGAUCGUGGAAAAGAUGGAUGAUAAAAUUGCUGGAGUGGAGACUAAACUUUUGUUUAAUAAAGUGGGUAAGAGGCCUAUCCCUUCCACAAUUACCCCGUCUGUGGAAAACUCUAAAAGUUCAAAGGAUGUACCCAAGAAUAAAGAAGGUCUUAAGAAGCGAAAGCUGGAAAGAGAGGAUACUAAGGCUGCUAAGUUGCCUAAACCAUCUCCAGUCCAAUCUACUGAUGAAAGGAAAAGGGUUGAUAAUAAAGGGCCUGAAGCUAUUAGCAUUGAGGAAAGAAGAUCGAGAUGGUGCGAAGAACAACCUUGGGAUCAAGCAAUGGAAGAUGGGUAUGUGAAUGGAAGCCUCGUACUCCUUCUAAACUUGGAUCCAUCAUACACAUCAGAUGAGGUGAAGGAGUUGAUCAAGAAUGCUCUGAAAGAAAAUUGCUCUGCAAAGAUGGUUCAACGGACAGCUUUUUCUAGCCCUCACUUUGGUCAAGCUUUUGUCAAUUUCUCGUCAAAGGAAGUGGCAGGAAGGGUGGUUGUGAAAUUGGACAGACAUUGUUUGGUAUUACCUGGCGGAAGGCCCCUUGUAGGCAGGCUUGCCUCCAGUGCUUUUAAAGGAAAACAAUCACCAUUUUUCGGUCAUUUUGCCAUUGACAAAUUGAAAUACCAAAUGCAGCGAGAGAAGAGAGAAGCUGUAUCUACUUCUCAUUGUUCGCAGCCAAAUACAAUUGAGCAUGAAAUGGCUACUGAGUGGGCCUUACAUCAAGCAAGAGUGAAUCUAACAUGGGAAGCCAUACACAAGCAACAAGGCGAGGAACUGAAGAGACUUAGAGAUCGUUUGAAGUCUGUGUGAGCGAUGGUGCUCCUGUUUCAUAAUCGUUUUGGUCAGGAUGCAAGUGAACUUUCGGGUAGCUGGAGAUGAAUGUGGUCGAUGGAGAAUAUUUUUGGCCCAAGUGUGAAUACAUGUGCAGCGGAAGGUAGUGGGAAGCUAACGAUUCUCUGUUCCCUGGACAACUUCACUAUUUGGCCGAACCGUUCGACUCUACUACUCAGGGGGGAUGCAGGAUGGGUCACAAGAAGGCGCCCAUAUGGAAAGCCGGACUCUCAACAGUCUAAUGCAACUCUCAGUCUCAAACUUUUGGGGUGCAAGUGAACAGUAUACAAGCCCACGUCCUUUCAAGUUUCAAGUUAUGAGACUAGUUUUGCUAGAGGGCAGAACAAUCUAUCUGUAACCCAUCUUCUCGCCGAAAGGUGUUGUCCUCGUAAGGUUGUCCCGUAAAACAAAUGCAGGGGCUGUUCAUUUGGAAGAAAGAUGGGAUAGAAGCCUUGCAAGUUGCUGGAGAAUUCUGCUGCUAAUGGAGUUCCUCUGUACAUGCAGAACUCUUGUCGACAGUUGGAUGGAGCUUGUGUUUUCGCCUCCCCUAACCAUUACAGAAACAGCAUACAUCUAUGUAUAUGAUUAUAUACUGCGACAGGAUUGUUGUAUCGUAUAUAUUCAUUUAUGUUGGGUAUAUGACUCGGACCUAGCCGCACCAAGGAAGCACCCCGGCAUCGCCUCCGCUACGACCAGGCGCGUUAAGGCAGACGCGACCAAAGUCGCGCCAGCGCGAAGAUCUCGAGCGUGGCGAAGCCCACAUCCGCGGACGAAGAGCCCAAACGCCGAACGACGACGUUCCAGUCAAGCGUCGACUAGACCGAGAAACCGUGAAAGCGACGCCGCGUUCCCCGAAGAGUUGUCACAUCAUAGUCCUAGGUACAAUCAUAGGUAUAGUGAUGGGUAAAUGUUCUUGUCCCAGGUAGAGGUAUGACCUAAGCUUCUGACAUGUCAGUAGUCAUGUCAUCAUGUAACUCACCCACUACCAUGUAGCCUAUAAAUAUGGCAUUUACUCUGGUGGGUGAGAGGAUCCGACUUUUCAGACUCUAUCUCUAUAAACUACCAACUUCUCUCUCUAAG